GCUCCUUACUUCCUUUGACCACUGGUCUAACAACACACUCUCCUUCAUCUCUCUCUAGUCUCUAUAUAUGCUCAGUCUCCCUGCGCAUGCUUUGAUAUCCCGCGAAGGAAGUUGCUUAUACUGGAGUCUCGGGCUUAAACGACAUUGACAGUUCCUCGCAACAUGAUAAAGAGAAAAGGGCCCAUAAAAAGUUAUUGACACCUUAUUGACUUCCCCGCUUAACCCAGAUCUCCUUAUUAAUGGCAUUGAGGCACGAGUCAGUCUGAAAUCCCUUUUUGAAACCCACAAACGCCUUUAGUGCUCAGUUCGGGAGCUUGUGUUUGCGAGGUUGGUAAUGGCGGAAGCUACAGAGCCUAAAGCAUUGCCGGAGGCUGAGAAGAAGAAGGAGCAGAGUUUGCCGUUUUACCAGCUAUUCUCUUUUGCAGAUAAGUAUGACUGGCUCCUCAUGAUCUCUGGGAGCUUAGGAGCAGUCGUUCAUGGCUCAUCCAUGCCUGUUUUCUUCCUUCUUUUUGGUGAGAUGGUCAAUGGCUUUGGCAAGAAUCAGAUGGAUUUGAAGAAAAUGACUGAAGAAGUAUCAAAGUAUGCUCUGUUUUUUGUGUACCUUGGCCUCGUCGUUUGCAUAUCAUCCUAUGCAGAAAUUGCAUGCUGGAUGUUUACUGGGGAGAGACAAGUAAGCACGCUGAGAAAGAAGUACUUGGAGGCGGUGCUUAAACAGGACGUUGGGUUCUUUGACACAGAUGCAAGAACAGGGGAUAUCGUUUUUAGUGUCUCUACUGACACUCUGCUCGUUCAAGAUGCCAUUAGCGAGAAGGUAGGGAACUUCAUACAUUAUCUGUCAACGUUCCUAGCUGGUCUGGUGGUUGGUUUUGUGUCAGCAUGGAGGUUAGCUCUUCUAAGCGUUGCAGUGAUUCCGGGCAUUGCUUUCGCUGGUGGGUUGUAUGCAUACACCCUCACAGGCCUCACCUCCAAGAGUCGCGAAUCCUAUGCAAAUGCUGGAAUAAUCGCCGAGCAGGCGAUUGCUCAAGUUCGAACUGUGUACUCGUAUGUUGGUGAGAGUAAAGCCUUGAACUCUUAUUCUGAUUUGAUACAAAACACUCUGAAGCUCGGAUACAAGGCUGGAAUGGCUAAAGGUUUAGGCUUGGGAUGUACAUAUGGGAUAGCUUGCAUGUCAUGGGCAUUAGUGUUUUGGUAUGCUGGAGUGUUUAUCAGGAAUGGCCAGACUGAUGGAGGAAAGGCAUUCACUGCUAUUUUCUCUGCCAUUGUUGGUGGCAUGAGUCUAGGACAAUCAUUUUCAAAUUUAGGGGCAUUUAGCAAAGGCAAAGCAGCAGGGUACAAAUUGAUGGAAAUCAUUAAGCAGAAGCCCACCAUAGUGGAAGACCUAUAUGAGGGGAAGUGCUUGUCAGAGAUAAAUGGCAAUAUUGAACUUAAGGAUGUAAGUUUCAGCUAUCCGUCAAGGCCAGAUGUGCUCAUCUUCCGCAGUUUCUCAAUCUUUUUCCCUGCGGGCAAAACUGUAGCCGUUGUUGGGGGUAGUGGCUCGGGGAAAAGCACCGUUGUUUCCUUGAUAGAAAGGUUCUACGAUCCUAAUGAAGGGCAGGUUUUGUUGGAUAACGUGGACAUCAAAACGCUACAAUUAAAAUGGUUACGUGAUCAAAUUGGGCUGGUGAAUCAAGAACCUGCACUUUUUGCGACCACCAUACUUGAGAAUAUACUCUAUGGGAAACCUGAUGCAACCAUGGCUGAAGUAGAAGCGGCUGCUUCUGCUGCAAAUGCUCAUAGCUUUAUCACGUUGCUUCCUAAUGGGUACAACACUCAGGUAGGUGAGCGAGGAGUCCAGUUAUCUGGAGGUCAAAAACAGAGAAUUGCCAUUGCUAGAGCUAUGUUAAAAAACCCCAAGAUCCUUCUUUUAGAUGAAGCAACAAGUGCUCUUGAUGCUGGUUCUGAAAGCAUUGUUCAAGAAGCACUUGAUCGUCUCAUGGUUGGUCGUACGACUGUAGUUGUUGCUCAUCGUCUAUCAACCAUAAGGAACGUCGACAGCAUUGCAGUUAUACAACAAGGGCAAGUUGUGGAGACAGGAAGUCAUGAAGAGCUGAUUGCCAAAGCAGGGACCUAUGCUUCACUAAUACGGUUCCAAGAAAUGGUUGGAAAUAGAGACUUCUCCAACCCGUCGACUCGCCGGACACGUUCAUCACGACUGAGCCAUUCACUCUCAACCAAGUCUUUAAGCCUCCGGUCUGGAAGUUUGAGGAACUUGAGUUACCAAUACAGCACGGGGGCAGAUGGGCGCAUUGAGAUGAUAUCAAAUGCUGAAACAGACAAGAAGAAUCCUGCUCCUAAUGCAUACUUCUUCCGUUUACUCAAGUUAAAUGCCCCUGAAUGGCCUUACUCAUUAAUGGGAGCAGUAGGAUCUAUUCUAUCUGGGUUUAUUGGACCGACUUUUGCCAUUGUUAUGAGCAAUAUGAUCGAGGUCUUUUACUACAGAAAUUAUGCGUCCAUGGAGAGGAAGACUAAGGAGUACGUCUUCAUAUACAUUGGAGCUGGUCUUUAUGCCGUUGGCGCAUAUUUGAUACAGCAUUACUUCUUCAGUAUUAUGGGUGAAAAUCUCACUACAAGGGUUCGAAGAAUGAUGCUUGCUGCAAUUUUAAGGAAUGAAGUUGGAUGGUUCGAUGAGGAGGAGCAUAAUUCAAGCCUAGUUGCAGCUCGCCUCGCCACUGAUGCUGCUGAUGUGAAGUCUGCUAUUGCUGAGAGGAUCUCAGUGAUACUGCAGAAUAUGACAUCUCUUCUCACAUCUUUCAUUGUUGCUUUCAUUGUGGAGUGGAGAGUUUCCUUGCUCAUCCUGGGAACCUUCCCCCUUCUUGUUCUUGCCAACUUUGCUCAGCAACUCUCUCUGAAAGGGUUUGCUGGAGACACAGCCAAGGCUCAUGCAAAGACAAGUAUGAUAGCCGGGGAGGGAGUCAGUAACAUCAGAACGGUCGCUGCGUUCAAUGCCCAAAACAAGAUCAUUUCUUUAUUCUGCCACGAGCUUCGUGUCCCACAACGCCGGAGCUUACGCCGGAGCCAAACCUCCGGCCUCCUAUUUGGCCUCUCCCAGCUUGCCCUUUAUGCCUCCGAAGCUCUCAUCCUGUGGUACGGUGCGCAUCUUGUCAGCAAAGGCAUGUCGACCUUCUCGAAGGUCAUAAAAGUUUUCGUGGUCCUAGUUAUCACAGCUAAUUCCGUCGCAGAAACCGUUAGCCUCGCUCCCGAAAUAAUCAGAGGCGGUGAAGCCGUUGGUUCUGUCUUCUCCAUUCUCGAUCGUCAGACUAGGAUUGACCCAGACGAUCCCGAUGCCGAGCCAGUUGAGUCCAUUCGCGGGGAAAUUGACCUUAGACAUGUUGAUUUUUUCUACCCAUCACGACCUGACGUAAUGGUGUUCAAGGAUCUUAAUCUUAGAAUCCGUGCAGGGCAGAGCCAGGCUCUCGUGGGAGCCAGUGGGUCGGGCAAGAGUUCUGUCAUUGCACUAAUAGAGCGUUUCUAUGACCCCAUUGCUGGAAAAGUCAUGAUUGAUGGAAAAGACAUUAAAAGAUUGAACUUGAAGUCCUUAAGGCUAAGGAUUGGUUUAGUGCAACAAGAGCCUGCUCUGUUCGCGGCAAGCAUUUUCGACAACAUAGCAUAUGGCAAGGAUGGAGCAACCGAAGCAGAAGUAAUCGAAGCUGCUCGUGCAGCAAACGUUCAUUCAUUUGUUAGUAGUUUGCCUGAGGGAUACAAGACCCCAGUUGGUGAGAGAGGGGUUCAAUUAUCUGGUGGGCAAAAACAGAGGAUAGCUAUUGCGAGAGCAGUCCUUAAGGACCCCACAAUACUUCUGCUAGACGAGGCCACGAGUGCGCUUGAUGCUGAAUCAGAGUGCGUCCUGCAAGAAGCACUGGAGAGGCUGAUGAGGGGUCGAACCACAGUACUUGUGGCUCAUCGCUUAUCAACCAUCAGAGGGGUUGACAAUAUUGGAGUGGUGCAAGAUGGGCGAAUCGUGGAGCAGGGAAGUCAUGUAGAACUUGUGAGCAGACCAGAGGGUGCAUAUUCUAGACUUUUGCAGCUACAAAAUCAUAUGUGAGGAGAGUUUUGGGUCCCUAUAAGUCAUUAACCUUGUGCUUUUCAUUCUCUUUUAGAGGCAAACAUUAUGUGAGAUUUGGGGUUUGCACUAUGUACCUAAAAGACGAGUGCUCUAGUUCAAAUGGAGUAGCAACCAAAAAGUAAUAUUAAUCCAGUAUCAAUAGAGCAUAAAAAGUUAUCCAUUUUUUA